AUGAGUAAGAUCAUAUCAAAUGCCGUCUUCUGGUACUUUAACGAGGUGACAUCGCGAGUGGUGGCUGAAUCGGGUAUAGCAAGUGACAGGCACCAUUUGGGCAAAAUAUUAUUUCAAAGCUUCAAGGAUGCUCCAGACAUGAUAAUGCAGAUAGAUGGAUCCACCGGCAAAAAAGAAACUUCAAAGUCUGCACUGGAGCGUACAGUGCGGUGUGCCACAAGUUUUAGAAACAUAGGCCUAAAGUACCAAGAUGUCAUCCUCAUUAUGGCCCCCAAUCACCUUGAUGUGACAAUACCAAUGUAUGCCGGUUUCUAUUUAGGUUUAAGUGUGGCUACUAUCGACAUGAACUAUGGAGUAUAUGAACUCCAAGAGACACUGAAAUGUGUUGUCCCAAAGAUGAUAUUUUGUGAGAACUCUAAUGUAAACAAUGUUCAAGAAGCCUUGCAACUGUCGAACAUGUCGGCACAUAUUGUAACAUUUGGAGAGAAAAAAGAACACAUGUCUUUUUCAGAAUUUCUGACCAAAUACGACGAUAAUAACACAACCGUAGAAAAUUUCAAACCGUCAAAUUUUGAUCCAAAAGUGACAAAUCUAUUAUUAGCUGCCACUAGUGGGUCUACAGGAUUACCGAAAGCCGUUAUGAUGACUCAUGAAAAUGUUUCAAUUAAUUUUCCUUACAUAUUCUGUGGCCUUCAUGAGUUCCCGAGCCCCUUCAAAGUUGGUUUGGUUAUAUCACCCAUUCAGUGGGUGUCAGCAAUAUUUCAGUUCAUAAUGUCACCUAUCUUGAGAUACACGCGAGUACAGACGUCAUCUCCAAUAAGCCCAGAACACGUUACUUCCCUUAUAAAUAAAUAUAAGCCAGAAUUUUUUAUAAUCAGUCCCACAUUCUUGACGAGCUUGUUCAAAUAUUCACUAAAGGAAAAGUGUGAUUUUACUUCUUUUAAAUAUAUAUUGGUUGGGGGCAGCGUAGUUUCCGAGGAGCUAUUGAAUGAAAUGACCAAAUUAUCGCCGAAAACACACAUGUACAUCGGUUACGGACUUACGGAAAUAUCAGGAAUGUUCACAUUGGGCGUGCAUUCACCUUGCAACUCUAUCGGACAACCUUUGGGCGUUUUACUUUACAAACUUGUUAGUCUAGAAACGAAUGAAACUAUCAGUAAACCAAAUGUACCUGGUGAACUGCGAUUAAAGGGGCCUAGUGUUUGCAAGGGUUACUACAAUAAACCGGAAGAGACUGCGGAAGCUUUCGAUGAAGAUGGAUGGUUCAAGACCGGAGACAUCGUAUACAGAGAUGAAUACUCUAAUUUCUAUUUCUUAGGCCGCUUGAAAUUAUUACUCAAAUAUAAAAGUCACCAGAUAUCACCUGUGGAACUAGAAAGAGUGAUUAUGAAACACCCGGGCGUGCUAGAUGUUGCUGUAACUGGUAUUCCUGAUCCUGAAUGUGGGGACUUACCAGUCGCGGUCGUAAUUGCUCGCGAUGACUUCGAUCUUACUGCACAGGAUAUUAAAGAUUUGGUUAAAAAAACGCUGUCAGACCCUAAACAGUUGAGAGGAGGAGUGAUAUUUGUAAAAGAAUUUCCAACAACCGCCACUUCAAAAAUAGAUAGGACAAAAUUAAAAGAGCUCGCCAUGAGAAUGAAAAGAGAA